AUGCCAAUACGGGCCAGCAGCACACAAAAUGACGAAGGCCUUUCUCAGUCAGUGGAGAGUGCCUUGGAGGAUUUGGAACUCAAAUACACAUCUCCACCGACGGAUAUUGAACCGGGAAUUAUGUUUGUGAGUUUGCAAAACCCUUUAAUUGUGAUACUGGAGUGAUUUCAGUCGACUUUAAGGUAGAAAAUGGGAAUUUUUUAGUUAUUUUAACCAUUUACCAUAUAAAAAUCAUAAAAUUUGACUCAAAAUUUCCUUUUCAGCUGAGCUCCUCGCCUCCAAAAGGCGAAUGCGUCAAGAAACUUCGAACCGUCGUCCUCUCCCAUCACGACAUUUCCGAGCUGGGCGACAUGAAUAUGGUGGCUAGAAUGCUGAAAAAUGCCCGGGAUCUGGACCUAAGCCACAAUCAAAUCAAUGACUGGUCGGAAGUGGCGGCUCUCCUCAAAGUGCUGCCCAAGUUGAAAAGCCUGAGUCUGAGUUUCAAUCCGUUGAUGAGUCAGAUCGAUGAGAAAUUCAAGGAUCUUCAGCAUGACUUGGAAGUGUUGGAGUUGAAUGGAGUUAGCUUGGAUUCGAGUGCUUUGAGGUGAGAUCUGUCUUUAUUGAACCAAAACUUUUAUAUUUUUUUCAGCGUGAUCCUUCAAAUUUUCCCGAAGCUCCGAGUUCUCCAACUCUGCUCCGUAGCCAUAGAUCACCAUCUCAACACUCCCACUUCGUCCUCCACUACCUACCAAACAGAACAAGAGAACCAAUCCCACCCUCUGCGGGACCUCUCCUUACAUUCUUGCCAACUCGAUUCGUGGGAGAAGGCGUUGAAGUUCACGGGGAAGUUCGAAUAUCUCGAGUUCUUGGAUCUCGGCAAUAACAAGAUCUGUUAUAUCCGAGGAGAUCCGAGCACAAAUGAGCUGAAACGACUCAGGAUUUUGUGUCUCAAUGGCUGCCCGUUGAAUGGUUGGGAGAGUUUGGAAGCCUUGGCCGAAUUCCCCUCAUUGGAAGACUUGAGAGUGUCGGAAGUUCCUUUUUUGGACAAUUUGGAAUGCGAUUUGAAGCAUCAUCUAUUGAUCCCGAGGAUCCCGAACUUGAAAGUGAGGAAUAAUUUCGAUAAGAACUUCGGAAAACAUUUUACACUAGCUAUUAGCAACCAUUUUUGAUCUCUCUCUUAUACAAGUAAAGUUGAUUAUAUUUUUUAGGUCCUGAACGGCUCGGAGAUCACUCCCAGAUACCGGGAAGACUGUGAACGCGCCUUCAUCCGCUACUACCAGACCCACAAUGACAAGCCUCCGAUCUACCAACGUCUCGUCGACUUGCACGGCAAUCUUGAGCAGCUCGUUUUCGUCGAUUUCACUCCUCAAGAAACGGUCAAAACUCGGCUGAAGUGUCCGGAAGUCAAUCGAAGUUUCUGCAUUCGUCAUCGUCUCCACAUUACCGUCUCUCAAUUUCUAAAGGCGAUUUCCAAGGCCACGGAUAUUCCGUUGAAUCGACUGAGAGUUCUGCAUGUCACUCCUCAGUAUCCCACAAGAUCUCCGGAUGAAUUGAGACCGUCAAGUCAGUUCUUGCACACGCUGAGGAUUGAGGACAACGACGAGUUCCAUGUCUUUGUAAGUUGAGGAAUUCAUCUUGAAGGUCAGGAUAGAUAGUCUUUAAAUUUCCUUUGUAACAUACCUAGUAAUCCCUUCAAUUUUCAGACCAAGAUCGUACCUCCACGCCCGUCGCAAAGGACCUCCGAGUCCCGUCCCUAA